AUGCUUGACAGUACAUCCAAUCGAAAAGAGAACACUCCUCUAGAGCUAGUUUCAAAGAGAAUUCGGAGAGAUUCUCAUCAGGAAGCAACGCCUCCAUUCAAGAAACAUAAGAGAUCCGAGUGGCCAACUAGUACGGAACCGUCUGCAGGAUAUUCUACACGUUCUAUUUCAGAUUCCGCUCUGGAAGACCAAGAUUUAAUUACACUAUCUCGUGUAGAUACACCACCAAGAAAAGAUGGGGUUGAUGCAAGAACAUCUCCUAGCAAGGUGAUAACAUUCACAUCACCAUUGGAAACUGGUCCUUCCAGUCAGAUUCAUGCAAGAAUUUCAGAGAUCAAGAGUAUCUUGGCCACCAAAGAGAAUACUCCCGCUUCUCCACUUUCACUUCAAUCAAGCAGUGAUGUAUCUCCCCCAUCGUUAUCUGGGCCAAGCGAUGAUAUGCUUCCCCCACCUUCUCCUCGACCAAAGAACCUCAGGCUUCCUCCACCUUCCCCGCGACCAGAGAAUCUCACACUUCCUCCCCUUCCACCUCGACCGAGCAGUGAUAUAUCUUCCCCACCGUCACCUGGACCAAGCGAUGACAUGCUUCCUCCACCUUCCCCGCGACCAAAGAAUCUCACGCUUCCUGUCCUUCCACCUCGACCGAGCAAUACCAUACCUCCCCCACCUCGACCAACCAAUGCUAUGUUUCCUCCUCUUCCACCUCGGCCGAGCAAUACCAUGCCUCCCCCACCUCGACCAACUAACUCUAAAGUAUCUCGUGGUAAUAACACUGGCAAAGAUCAGGAAAGAAUGUCGUCAUCUGCUUCAACUUCCCCAUCUUCUUCCCAAACGCUCAAUCCUAAGCCGGUCAAAUUGCGCCUCAAGUUAAUCAAUAGCAAAAAGCUCAUCAAUGGCAAAUCCAGAAAACGGAAUAUAGGUAAAUGUCUCGCUGAUGAUGAGGCAAUUGAUGUCACCCAUGACAUCCAUGUUUCCAAAGAAAGUGAUAGUGACGAGAAAGUUGAUAGGGAAGAGGGAUUGGCUGAAGAAACUGGUACUUUAAAAUUCAGUACCUCAACCGUAUCACCGCAGACCAGCCCACCGAUGACACGUUCAUCGCAAAUCAACCGAGGAACUAUGCUUGAGUCAUCCAAGGCUAAAAGCGUAUAUUCUGAGGUAAUCAAAAUGCUCAGACAAUCAAAAAAGAGUUUAAGGCCCAAGAAUGAUGGAAUUCCUUUCCCCAAUCCUCCGGAACCCCCCUACGCUACUACUUACCGAGGAUUAGACUUGAAGGCCCAAAUAGAAGCUCAUAAGUGUGAACUUUGUAUUCCUUAUGGUUGGAAAAUUCCUAACCCCCGACUAGAAAAUCCCCCUAUCCCGGGGCCUCUCUACCGCAAAGUCCUUCACCUGCGAAGAGAUUGUGACAAAACCAUCACUACUGCCAUCGAGUUUACAGAUGUUCUGGGCGAAGAUAAUGUCCACGCAUUUCUUGAUCGUGCGGAAAAUGAUGCCUACAAUGCAGGUAUGCCUAAGAAUCUCGAACCUAGAAUACUCGCGGUGAGAUGGGAUAAUGGAGCCCAGAUGGGCAGUCAAGUAUACCGAUCGAUUUACAGUUUCUAUCGUGAUCCAUACGUUUUUGUAGUCGGCCACUCUUUGGGAUGGAGACUCGUAAUUGAGAAAAUGCGCGGCAUGUUUCUGUCAAAACAGAACUGGAUCAUUUGGUGGACGGAGAAGGAUUAUGAUGAAGAUUGGAAUACCGAUCUUUCGCGAUGA